GCCGUCCCUGUCCUCAGAUCCCAGAGGCCGUUGACCGAUUCGCCCCUCGCAGGCAUCGACGUCGAGUUGAACGAGCGAAACCGGGGCGGCCCGACGGGUGCCGUCAGUUUUCCACGUGACCGUUCGAGUGUGAAACGGCAGCGCGUUCGCUCCUCGGCUUCCCUCCUCCUCAUUCGAGCGGCCUUCGCGUCGUUUCUGCCUUUUCCAUUGGCGCUGCCAGCCACAAAAGUCCCUUAAACCCCAGAAAACAUUGCUUGCGCAGUGCUCGCCUCCUACGCAUCUCACACACGACGAACAGCCUGUACACUUUACGCUCACUACCGACAACAUUUUCUCUCUCCCACAGCUUCCCUCUACCCAGUAAAUUAUAUUCAGCUCCCCAUGGCCGCUACUCAGGAGCUGCCAUCAUGGCUGACUGUCUCCACGUCGGUCUACACGGACGCAAACGGAGUUGCGACCACUGCCACCGCUGUCCUAUACCUUCCAUUGACCUACUACGGUCCCAGCAUACCACUAGGUCCUGAUUGGACAUGGGGAGGCGUCAGCUCCCCCGCAUCCACUGCCACAGAAACGACCGCCGUUACGACAGACACGACAUCCUCCACUGCGAUACCUUCCACCACCUCAUCAUCAUCUCCGACCUCUGCGACACCCUCCUCUACAUCCGCAACAUCCGCCACUUCUUCAAAUUCUUCAUCCAGUGGUUCUUCAACCAGCCCCACUUCUUCGGCUUCAAGUACCCCUACUACUCCGGCUCACAAUGGCUUGAGCACCGGCGCGAUCGUCGGCCUUGUGAUCGCGGCAGUGGCUGUCGUCAUGCUUCUCGUCCUGCUCUGCGCCUGUUGCUACGUCAGGCGUCGUCGCCGCCGAGGAGAAACCAGCCGCCGCUGGUCCAUGCUCACUCCCGCACCAGGCAAGCGGGAGAAAGAGAAGUCACCCAAGGAAUCACUCACUGGCGACUACUACAUGGUCGGCGCCGAGGAUACGGAGGGCGCUUCAGACACCGUCCGAACUCCUGGCGAAGGUUCCCCGCGGCACAGUGGCGAGGAAGCCGACCCCUUCUUGCGCCCACGGUCUGGUGGCAUCGCGACGGACGCGGGUUCGAUGCGCGAAUUCGGUCAGCCCGCGACGAGGACAAAGAUGACGGAUAGCAGCGGCAGCUCGAACUGGCAGACCACGCAGUCGUCGUCGGGACCGUCCACCUAUGCCACCGGUUCAUCGGGACUUGGCUCUUUGGGACUCAGCUCUUCGGGACCGGGCUCUUCGGGUAACAACACCAGGUCUACCAGGAGCAGCAGCAAGCCGGGAUCCAAGAUGACUUCUUCGAGCGGGACCACAGAUUAUGGCGUCACGCUUGAAGAACCCACCCUGUUCAGGGGCCAGCGUCAGAAUUACAACCAGGAUUAUCGUGGCAGCAUACUAUCGCCAGAGCAGCAGCGUGAGCUCGACGAGGCAACAAGCUCAGCACCGUCCACGCCAUACAAGCAGCCAGCUAUCCCAGAGUCGGACAAUGAGGCGGACUUCUCGCCGCUCAUGCCACCGCCACGACUUGUCGACCCUGAAUUCGGCCGAACGCGGUCUUCAUCCCCUCUCGACCGCGACGAACCUGUCGUCGUGCAGACCGCUCAGCGCGUCCGGAUGUCUGACGUCGGUCCCCGCAUGCCGCGCUCGCACUCACCGAUCCUGGAGGUUGACGAGACGGAGCACAUGACGCCACCUCCUUCUCGCCGCAUCAGCGGGCAGAGCUGGCUUGGGUCCCUGGCGAGCGGUAUCGGUCUCAGCCGCUUGCUCAAGGGCUCCACGUCCUACAAGGACCCCGAAGCCGGGCGCUCUCUCCUCGGCAGCCCUGAAAUGUCCGAGCGCCUUGCCCAGCCGCGCCCUGCUAUGGCCGGCGCUGGGUCGUCUCGCCCCAUAUCGGGUACGAGCGUUCAUACCACUGGCUCCGGCAGCACCGUCUUCUUCGACGCGACCUCCAAGCCUGGGACGCCUGCUUUGCCCGCGCCGCCUCGCGCGUUCACGCCUGGCCAAGAGGCGCGGGCGACACCGCCACCGUCCGCCGACAAGCCCAUCCAGAGCCAGCCGAACACGACGGUCCGCCGCGUCACGAGCGAUAUCCUCGACCAGCCUCCGCCGCUCAGCACCUUCACCUCGGCCUCGUCGAUGCGGGAUACGGUUCACACUGACAGCACCGAUGCCACCAAGGUGCCGUCGUUCCCGCCCCCGGGGCUUGCGCUGUUGCCCGCGUCGGCGAGGUGGGGGGAUGAUACGCCGUCGCUUGCUUCGAUUGGUGGGCAGUAUCAUGAUCUGGAUGUGCUUGAGGAGGAGCCGCCGGUGGCAGACGCUCAGUGGAGGCAACUCGCGGAGACGCUGCCGCAAGGGCGCGGACCGCGGACGACUUUCGGCAUGCCCACCUAUAUUCACGCCUCUGGCAUGACCUCCGAGCAAGCCUCCCUGUACUCCAUGCGCUCCCACAUUGAGCCCAACAUGACGCGCUCAACUGGUUCUGCACCGGCCUCCUCAAUCGGCUCCUCCCACCCCUCCCGCCACAAGGGCUCCGGCAGCGUCAGCGGCAGCUCGCUAGCGCACUCCGCCAGCAUCACAUCCGACGGGCGGAGGAGACAUCCCACCGGGCCCACCUCGCCUGUGCUCUCUGCCUUCGGCGACCACUCGCGCGGGGCGACGGGCAGCAGCGGCGGCACCGGGUCCUCGCAUGCGCAAGGGUCGAGCUCGUCGCAUGGCCAUGGGUCCUCGUCCCAUCAACAUAAUGGGUCCUCGUCGCAAGGGCACUACGAUAACAACUACUUGUCGCCCGACCGUGCGCUGUCGGAUGAGGGUGCUCAGCUCUUCAGGAGCAAUAGCAUGCCGUGGGCGGGUGGCUUGCCCGUGGACUGGCACCCGACCGGGAACAGCACGGAGUCCGACCCCCACAAUGCGACAUGACAAGCAGCGUAGGUUUCUCAGCGCGCUUUGUGACCUUGUCCCUCUGCCAAUCGCUCUCUUGCAUACGCCAUACACUUGACGCCGUAGACGAACAUCCCGGACGCUGGACGAACUACCUACUUACCACUUCCUUUUUUUCCUUCUCUUCCACUUCAUUCCGCGCCUCUUGCGCAGCGCAUCUGUUGUUGAUAUAGCCCUGUUCUCUUGCUUUAUCUCUUCUGUCCUCGGUCCCGGCGCUGUGUUUCCCUUGCGCUGGGGAUUGUACUCCACCGUGUGGGGAUCCGCCCUGCGCGGGGACUCGCGCGGCCGCUGCAACUACCUACUAACGACGCUGACCAUGAUUACGACUGGAACGUACUAGGCUGUCUCAUGUACAUCGGUAGCUACCCUGUAGCUUCUACUCGUGUGUAUAGAUACGAUUGGAAAAGGCCAUAUGAGUGAAGCGCAUUUGAGGAA